UUAUAUUAUUGAGAGAGAGACAGAGAGAGGAGAGAGAUCGUGAGAGGAGAGGAGAGGAAGAGAGAUCGAGAGACGAGAGAGAAGACAGAGAAGGAGAUCGAGCAUCCAGCAAAAGUCGAAGCUGUCGAGGCAGCGACCAGAGGGGUCGAAGUCGGCGACCGAUGUCUUCGCCGUUUCGAAAGGCGACCAGCAUGGGGGAGCUAGAAGUUGAAAAGCAUGCUAACUACAUUUUAUCAGUAGAAAAGAAGAAGGAUGAUUUUGAAUCUGUGGUGAUGGAACAUCUACGAAUCAAUGGAGCGUAUUGGGGGCUGACCACUCUGGAUCUUUUGGGAAAAAUUGAUGAAGUGAACUCUGAGGAGGUUGUUUCAUGGGUCAUGAAGUGCCAACAUGAAUCUGGUGGAUUUGGUGGUAAUAUUGGACAUGACCCACAUCUACUGUAUACCCUCAGUGCCAUUCAAGUUUUAGCACUUUUUGACAAGACAAAUAUACUUGACAUUGAUAAGGUGUCAAACUACAUCGCUGGGCUGCAGAAUGAUGAUGGAUCCUUUUCAGGUGACAUGUGGGGUGAAGUUGAUACACGGUUCUCUUAUAUUGCAAUUUGUUCUCUUGCCCUGUUGCAUCAUUUGAAUAAAAUUAAUGUGGACAAAGCUGUGAAGUACAUUGUCAGUUGCAAGAAUCUGGAUGGUGGAUUUGGCUGCACACCUGGUGCAGAAUCUCAUGCAGGACAAAUUUUUUGUUGUGUGGGUGCUCUUGCAAUAACCGGUUCUCUACAUCAUAUUGAUAAGAACCUCCUUGGGUGGUGGUUAUGUGAGCGACAAGUUAAAUCUGGAGGUCUAAAUGGGCGUCCUGAGAAGCUUCCUGAUGUCUGCUACUCAUGGUGGGUCCUUUCUAGCUUGAUCAUCAUUGACAGAGUUCAUUGGAUUGACAAGGAAAAGCUUGUUAAAUAUAUCUUGGACUGUCAGGAUAAGGAGAAGGGAGGUAUUUCAGAUAGGCCAGAUGAUGCUGUUGAUGUCUUUCAUACAUAUUUUGGAGUUGCUGUGAGCUCAAUGGUGAGAAAGGCUAUUCGAUCUCAAUCUCAUGCCACCAUCCAGUUGUCAUUGAAGGAGUGGUGAUUAGGUGAUGUGGUAUUUUUCAUAGCACUCUCUCAUUGUAGUAUUGGUUUUCAUUUUUCUGUAGUUCCUCGCAAUCUCUCUACCAAAGUCUUCACUGUUUAUUACCUUUUCUAUGUGAUUGGAGUUCGCAGGCUAAGAUUUCAAUUAUGAAGAAUGCAGUGGGUUCAAAGAAGAAGAGGUGGUGGAAGGCGGGUGAUUGGAGUUUCUAGGCUAGGAUAUUUGUUAUGGUGUAUGGGUUGGGUUCAAAGGAAGAGGUGGUGGCAAGGGGAUGAAAGAUGUUAGCCGUGAGACAUGAGAAUAGGUGGUGGGAGGGAUAAGGACAUGUUUAGUUCUCAAUGGAAGAAAUGAGUACGUAAUUACUCAAUUAAAAUAGGGAGAAUUAAACAAAAAUGAAAUGUUGGAUAAUUGUUGAAUUAAAAUAGGGAGGAUUACACAAAAGUGGAAUGUGGGAUAGCUAAUUAUGAAAGGGUGGGGAAUCGAUUGUAAUUAUACUAGACGUGGAAAGUUGUAUAUCAUGUGCAAAAUUUAUGGUUGUGUGUGGUACAGUUUUUCAAUUAUAAUUUAACCUCUUCAUGU